AUGAUGUUGACACCAAGAAGAAGAAGAACGCCUCUUCAUGCCCUGGUGGUGGCUUGCCUCCUCCCCAAUGCUGCCUCUUUCCUCAGCACGGACGGUUCCUUUCGUCCAACAACAAGUCGGGAGUCGGUUCGGAGGUCAUCGUCUACCGAGAGUGAUUUUGAUGUCAGCUCCUUGCUGUAUCAAGAACAUGAAAAAAUGCUCGUCGAUCGUGGCAAGUUGGAAGGAGAGCUCAUGGCCCACCACACAUCAAGUAUUGAACCCAAUAUUGUCAAGGGAUCUGGAGGCGGAGGCGGUUUUGGCGGCACUGGUGGCACUACCAAGAGUCAACUCAAAGCACAAGGCAAAGCCCAUGCCAAAGUAUUGCGACAAGAUGGAGUGGUCCGCAUUGACAAUGUCUUGCCCGGCUCCUUGGCAGACGAAAUGAGAGAAUUCGUCGUGGAAUUGCGACAAGACAGUCACGAACAAGUCUCCAGUGGCAAACUCAAAUCCAGAGAACGAUAUGCCGAUGUCCUGUUGAAAGAAAAUCGUUGUGAUUUGACAUUGCCCUUGACCAAUCAGCUGACGGCCGAUUGUCUUGCUGCUGUACUCCAACAAUCGCCCGUGGGAGAAACCGUUGCCAAUUUGUUGACGAAAGAUGCCGUCUUGUACGAACUCAGUUGUCUGACAUCCGAUCCCGGCAGUCAUCGACAAGUCAUGCAUCCCGAUACUCCUUGUGCUGGCGAUGAUGAUGAUCCAGUCCUCUACACGUGCUUUGUGGCAUUACAAGAUAUUCAAUUGGAUAUGGGACCUACUACGUGGAUGCCAGGGACACACACAUUGGAGGCGCAUGAACAAUUCAAAGAUGAAACGGUGUCUUCGUCCGAGACAAAAAGUCCCAAAGAUACCUUGUUGGAAAAGGGACCCGUCGUCUUGGGGUUGCUACCCAAGGGAUCUUGUGGGAUCUUUGAUUCGCGGUUGCUUCAUUGUGGUGGAGCCAAUACCAGUGCCGACAAUAAAUCCAGAGCCGUCUUUUACUUUUCCUGGAAGAAUCCUCGUGACCAAUGCGGGCAAUCCAGGAAGUAUUCGGCCGGCAUACAUCAAUCAAUACACUCUCCAAGCAUUGGACAAGGAGUUGAAAAAGCAUGUCAAGGGCAAAUCAAAGCUGUUUGUCAACGAUAG